CUAAAUGUCGUUAUCGUAUUUCCGCCAGGUGUCGUUACGCAGACAGGAAAUAGCCGACCGCCUGAAUGCCUGGACCAUUUUCAAUGAUAAAAACAAAGAGUUCUGUGAUUGGCUGACUCAGAUGGAGAACAAGGUGUGCCACAGCGCGGAGCUGAGCAUCGAGGAAAUGGUGGAGAAACUAAAAAAGGACUGCAUGGAGGAAAUCAACCUGUUCAGUGAGAACAAGAGCCACCUGAAGCAGCUGGGAGAGCAGCUGCUGUUGGCCAGUGACCAGGCCAAGCAGACCCAGGUGCGCGGCUCGCUACAGGAAGUCAAUCAGCGAUGGAACAACCUCUUUCAGCACAUCGAAGCCAGGGUGAGGAAGCUGAAGGAGACUCUGGUGACGCUGCAGCAGCUGGAUAAGAACAUGAGCAACCUUCGCUCCUGGCUUUCUCGUAUCGAGGCCGAGCUUUCCCGGCCAAUCACCUACAGCGUCUGUCAUGAGAACGAGAUCCAGAAGAGGCUCGCUGAACAGCAGGACCUGCAGAGGGACCUGGAGCAGCACACUGAAGGCGUAGCGUCCGUCCUCAGCCUGUGCGACGUUCUGCUGCAGGAUGAGGACGCAGCAGGCGGCUCGGAGGCGGAGAGCGACUCCCUGCAGGAAACCAGCCGCAGCCUGGACCAGCGCUGGAGAACCAUCUGUGCUCUGGCUCUGGACAGAAGACUCAGAAUCGAGGAAACUUGGACUCUGUGGUGCAAGUUCCUCAACGACUACUCCCGCUUCGAUGAUUGGCUCAAGAUGGCGGAGCGAACUGCUGCCAACCCGAACUCUGCAGAUGUCCUCUACUCUGCAGCCAAGGAAGAGCUGAAGAAGUUUGAGGCUUUCCAAAGGCAGGUUCAUGAGCGCCUGACUCAGCUGGAGCUCAUCAACAACCAGUACCGCCGCCUGGCCCGGGAGAACCGCACUGACCGAGCCAGCCAGCUCAAAGCCAUGGUGAGGGAGGGAAACCAGCGCUGGGACGGCCUGCACCGCCGAGUGGCCGCCAUCUUACGCCGCCUGAAGUAUUUUACCAGCCAGCGGGAGGACUUUGAAGGCACCAGGGAGAGCAUGCUAGUUUGGCUGACGGAGCUGGACCUGCAGCUCACCAACGUGGAGCAUUUCUCCGAAAGCGACGUCCAUCAAAAGAUCCAGCAGCUCAACAGCUUCCAAAAGGAGAUCAGCCUGAACACUGAGCGCAUUGACGGGUUGAUAGUGUUUGGUGAGGCUCUGAUCCAGAAAAGUUCAGCUCAGGAUGCGGCUCUGAUAGAGGAUGAGCUGGAGGAGCUUCACUCCUACUGCCAGGAGGUUUUCAGCAGGCUGGUCCGCUUCCACCAGCGCCUCAGCCAGCCUCUGAUGAUCAGGGAGGAGCCCGACCUCUCUGACCUCACCGUUUCCCUGGAGUCGAGCUUGGAGCUGAUUGGUCGGCCGUGGCUGGGGCGGAGCCAGACGAGCCUGCCGGCCACGCCCACUCACCUGCUCGGUUCCCCUCUGGACCGGUCAGGGCGGGAGACGCCGGUGAGCGUCGACUCCCUGCCUCUGGAGUGGGACCACACCGGAGACGUGGGAGGGUCGUCGUCGCACGAGGAUGAGGAGGAAGAGGAGGAGCAGGAGGAUGAAGGGGCUUACUUCAGCGCGCACUCAGCCUCCAGCCUGUCUCUGGCUGUCCGCGAUUGUUCAUGGAGAACAACAGAAGCUCAGCCGGAUCCAGAAGGACACGCCGAGCCGACGCCGGCUCUGACCAGCACGCCUCUGAAGCAGGGCUAUCUGCGGCUCAUGUCCCAGUGCAGCGGGAGCAUCGAGAACAUAAAGAGAGUCUCUCUGAUCCUCGACGACGACGACGAGCAGCCAGAGGAGUUCGGCUUGACGGGUCUGAAUGCCUCAGACAAGCAGUCAGGUGUGAUCGAGCGCUGGGAGCUGCUCCGGGCCCAGUCCAGGUGCAGCCAGCAGUCUGGCACUCUGGAUCCUCAGCAGAUGACCUUUGACCUGGACGACCUCACUUCCUGGCUGGAAACCGUGAUCCCUGAGCUGGAGCGCCUCUCGCAGUCUGAACCUGCAGGCGGCAUAGAGGACAUGGAGUCCAGAGCCAAAGAGCUGAAGGAAAUGGAGAAAGCGUUCUGCCACUACAAGGCCAUAAUGCUGUCGGUGAACCUGCAGGCGAAGGAGGCUCCAGAAACGCAGGACAGAGUGGCGAGGGCGAACCGGGACUGGAGCCGAGCGUGUACUGGUCUGCAGCGCUGGGACCACAGCCUGAGGAGGAAGCUGAUUCGCUGCCAGGAGUUUCAUGAAACUCUUCAGUCUCUGCUGCUGUGGCUCGCUCAGGCGGAGAGCAGAUGCUACAGCGUAGAUGUAAAGCAUCCAGAGACGAGCGUCGGAGCGCUGAGACGGCAGGAAGACAGGCUGACGGAGCUGCAGGCGGAUCUGCGCAGCCGGCAGGCUCACCAGGCGUCUCUGCAGGCCCUCUGGUCUCAGCUGCAGCCUGAAGACGCAGCAGAGGACUGCGACGAGGCACAGGAGAAGCUGCAUGUGACGGGCACCAAGCUAAAGCAGCUCAGGAGGAAGGUGGAGGACGACCUGCGCGCCCUGCAGCAGCGCCUGCUGCUCCAGGAUCCCGGCUCUGCAGAAGCAGACACAAAAACAGCCUCCUCCUCCACCCUGAGGUGCAGGAGGGAAUCGUCCCCGCCCCGAUCGUUCUUCUCCCGCCUCCUCAGAGCCGCCUUCCCCCUGCAGCUGCUGCUGCUGCUCCUCCUGCUGCUGCCCUGCCUGAUUCCCCUGUCGGACAGCGAGCCGGGCUGCACCCUGACCAACAACUUCGCCUGGUCCUUCUACCCCAUGCUGCACUACACCAACGGCCCGCCGCCCACCUGACGGACGCUUGUGUCCAACGAGAGACAUUUCCCAA